AUGGAAUCUACUUCACCUGAUUCGCGUAAGACAGGCAAAAAUGUUGAGAAACUAUGGUAUGACGAUCCGAAAUACAGUGAUGGCCGAAUGCUGUCUACUUACGAUGUGGAAAAUAUUUUGAUAGCUUUCAUGGUUGUUUUGCUCGGAUUUCUCAUUCUCAGCGGCAUUAUCAUGUUGGUGAUCCGAAUACAUUAUAGAGCGAAAGCAGAUGAACUGAUUCAUGAUAUGGAGAUACAUCGUCAAGCGAAAAAUAUCAAAACUCCGUCACCGUUUGCUGCACAGCUCCAAAAAGAACGUGAAGGAGAUGAAGACUAUAUUCCCGCUGCAAAAGUUCGUGAUGGAAAUCAAUGUCUUUAUUGGCGAGGCGAACAGAUUGCUGCCAUUCUUCAUCAUGCCGCUAUGGCUCCCGUAUUGCCACCACUGGACGCUCCGGAGAACAACGUUCACAUUUCAAAUAUCAGCAAUAUCAAAUGA